GUCCUCUCGUAAUCGCUUGGUGAGAUAGGCCUAUGGUAAUGGCUAUGCCGAAACUCUUGCUGAGACCAUAGAACGCAAUCCAUCUUAGCCACUCUUCGCCUAUAUAAAAUUAGCUAUAUGUUUUCGAUUUUUGCGCCGAGAUCUGGAGGAUGUUCGAUGCGAAAGGGGGGCUACAGUGAAUUAUUCUUAUAGCGGUCAACCUGCCAGAAAAGUCAGCAGACGUGCGGUAAUCUUACAAUCAAAGUAUAUGCAUAUUUUAGAACCACAUUAUUUUCGAAAUUUUCGUAUGAUAGGUAUGCUGCGCUUGCACCUGAAAAACAAUCGGUGCGUUUUCUCGUAGUUGACAGUGUACUCAUCUCACAACCAUGCCGCGACGACAAGGACCACCACGUGUGCUAUGUGUGGCUGAGAAGCCUUCGGUCGCCAAAGGAGUGUCUCAGAUCAUUGGACGAGGUUAUAAUGUACGCAAUGGUCUUUCUGUGUACAACAAAAUCUACGAGUAUCAAUGCAACAUGCUUGGAGAGAUGUGUCAUGUGAAGAUGACGUCUGUAUCGGGGCAUGUGAUGGAGCAUGCGUUUCCGCUUGCAUACAAGUCAUGGGCGUCGGUAUCACCGGCGGUCCUGUUCACAGCUAAUGUCGACAAACGCGUUAAGGCUGAAAUGGAGAACAUCGAGAAAACGUUGAUCAGAGAGUCUAGACAGAGCGAUUGGCUAGUACUGUGGACUGACUGCGAUAGGGAAGGGGAGAAUAUAGCAUGCGAGAUACGAGAUAUAUGUCUGAGUGCUAACAGAGGUCUGCGGGUGUUACGUGCACAGUUCAGUGCGGUUACACACGGUGAGCUUAUCAAGGCGUGUAACACGCUUAGACCAGUCAAUCAACACGAAAGCGACGCUGUGGAUGCGAGAUCAGAACUGGACUUGCGUGUGGGGGCAGCGUUCACGCGCAUGCAGACGCUAUGUUUGCAGCCGAGAUUUGCAGAUCUACACGAGAAGAUCAUCAGUUACGGGCCCUGUCAAUUCCCCACGCUUGGGUUUGUCAUUGAUCAGUAUUGUAAGGUGGAGGCCUUCGUAAGUGAGGCGUUCUGGAAGAUCGACAUGCAGUACACGGCCGGUGCUGAGGAUGGCAACCAGAUUGUGAAGUUUCUGUGGGCACGGAACCGUCUGUUUGACAAAGAGCAGGUCGAGCAAUAUCUGUUAGAGUGUCGACAUGCACGCGUGGCGGAGGUGGUGAAGAUAGAAGGUAAAGAGAAGAAGAGAUGGACACCGCUACCGCUAACAACUGUUGAGAUGUGCAAACUCGUGUCGAGAAAGCUGUUUAUCGAUUCCAAUCGGUGUAUGCAACUUGCGGAGAAGUUGUACAUGGAGGGAUACAUAUCUUACCCGCGUACCGAGACUGACCAAUUCCUAUCGAGCAUGGAUUUACCAGCGAUAAUCCAACAACAGACUGAGCAUCCACAAUGGGGUCAAUUUGCGCGCAACCUACUCGCACAAGACGCACCGCCGAUCAGGCCACGACAGGGUACACACAAUGACCAGUCACAUCCCCCGAUUCACCCUACUAAAGAUGGACGGAAUCUUGAAGGACAGGAAGCGCUGAUCUUCGAGCUCAUCACCCGACACUUCCUGGCAGUCUGCUCGCAGAUGGCGCUCGGGUUCGAGACAACUGUAACGGCCGCGAUGGGCAAUGAGAAGUUCACAUGCAAGGGACUCGUUAUACAUGCACUCAACUGGUACCUAGUGUAUCCAUAUGAAAAAUGGAAUGCAAAGACUAUCCCGCACUUUGAGGAAGGGCAGCAAUUCACCCCCAGCUUCUUGGAUAUUGUGGAAGGUGCCACAGAGGCACCGAAGAUGCUGAGCGAAGCAGAGCUGAUCACACUCAUGGAUGAGAAUGGUAUCGGUACCGACGCUACCAUGCCAGAACACAUAGCGAAUAUCUUACGACGACAGUACGCACUACAAGGUGACGAUCGAUUGUUCUACCCGUCUUCCCUGGGCAUGGCUCUCGAAGAAGCAUAUGCGCGGAUGGGAUUCCAGUUGACCAAACCACAUCUGCGGGCCGAAAUGGAGCGCGCCUUGGUGGAUAUCUGCCAGGCACGCAAGACGAAAGCUGAUAUCUGCAACGAAUAUUCUGGCAAGUACAAGGACAUCUUUGUUUCCGCCUACACACAAACGCAACUGUUUAUAGAUGCAGUCUCAAAGUUCUUCGAAACCGAACCAGCACCUGGACCCACGGCAGGCGACGAUAACGGUCUACCAACCGACACCCUGGUGAGGACCUGCCAAGGAUGUGGAUCCCAAAUGACACUGCGUAAGGGGAAAAGCGACAAAUAUCGCAUCACAUGUAUGGGAUACCCCACUUGCAAGUACACGAUUUGGUUCGGGAAGGUCGCUUCGAAUAUCACCGUUGCCAAUCAAAUAUGUAACAAUUGUUCAUCUGAAACUCACGGGGAAGUGAAGCAGAUCGAAGUUAAGUUCCUCGCCAGAGAGAUGGAUCCUAGGCUGGGACCGGAAUACAGGGGGUGUGUAUUCUGCGACUACAGACUAGACGAGGCACUUCAAUCGGAAACUGUCGGUAGACCAGCAGGCGUUCCUCCUCCAGGCACACGUCGAGGCGGGGGUCCAGGAAGUGCGAAUAGUGGCGCUGGUCGUGGUCGAGGUGCUAGCUCGGUGGGCAGUGGGCGAGGCGGAUCCGGACCCCCUCCUGGCCCCGGCCCAGGUCCUGGACGCGGAGGCGGGAGAGGCUCAAGCGGUGUCAGUCGAGGGAGUCAUGUGGCUUCAGCCAAUACGCACCAGAAUACUAGUGCACACUUCAACCGGAACCAUUAUACGAACCAGCAGAAUAACCAGAAUGCCCGAAAUAAUCAAGAAUCCCAUCCAAGCACAACACGGGGUAACGGUAACGGGACUGAAGUAGGCGCGAGGAUAGGCACGAGCAACAACGUUCCAGGGGCAUGGAUAGAGGGUAAGGUCGGGCAAAGUAAAUUAAGUCUCAGUAAAUACGCAGAAGGAAUCGGAGUAGCGCCGAAUGCCAAUGCGAAUAGAGGUACAGAGACGAAUACAGAUGAAAAAUCCGGGUCUGAUGCAGUUAAAUCAGGACUAGGUGGUGCGAGGAAACCUAGCCGACACGCCAAAUUAUCACUUAUCCAUACGGAUAGGAAAACGGAGGCUAGUGAUUCUAGUACACCUUCGACUUGCGCUGCUGUGCCACUCAGACAGACCAAUUUAGACCAGUGGCGAAAUGCCGCACAAUCACAUAGGACUACCAACUCAAACACCGCUAGAGACGCAAGCACUCGAACUAGCACAAAUAUGAACGCCAGGACAAACAGUAGCUUGAGUACUUCGACUGACUUUAAGAACAAAGCAGCCAAUGGCACGAAACGUGUUGUCGAGACCAUAAAUUUGCUCUCGUCUGACGACGACGACGACGACGCCGCACUCAACGAGCUGUUCGACAGCAUCGCCCCAACAAAUAACCCCCCAGUCAACAACACGGCAGCGGUCAACACGGCAGCUAACAACCCCUCAGCGUACAAGGCUCCGGAUUUCUCUGAUGAAGACGACCUAUUCAACGAGGCUCUUGACGGUGUGGAGGUUUCGUUUACCGGCCAUAGCAACGCUCGCAUGAUGCCUAGCUAUAGCGAACAUGUGGGACCUGCAUAUAGCAGCCAUGAAAACAACGCUGGUGCUUCGAACUCUGGACAUAACUACCGAACUCACACGCCGAAUCAGGAGGCAGCACCGGCCAUCCCCUUGUGCUCGUGUGAUCGUGAAUGCAUUGUGCGGACGACCACCAGAGAAGGACCAAACACGGGUCGGCAAUUCUACUGCUGUGCAGGGCCACCCGAUAACAAAUGCGACAUCUUUGCAUGGAUGGACGAUAUCACACCAGACGCCCCGAAUUGCGAUUGUAACAUACCAAGUGUUCGGCUGAAAACGAAGAGUGAGGGACGAGUCUUCUACACAUGCCUGACUAAGACAUGUAAGUUUUUCGAAUGCCUGGAUCCAAGUCCAGACCAAGGACUUCAAGGUGGUGGCAGUAAUCGACCCGGCGGCGGAAACGCACCGGAUCUUCAAAUUAGCAACGACAGGAACAUGGGCAGAAGCCCUAACAUCACUUUCAAUACAUAUAGUACCUACAAUCACCAACAGCCAACAACACACACAAUCAACUACCAAUCAUUCAACUACCAGACCAACAGUAGCAGCAGCUACACUAACAGCAAUACCAACACCGCUGGUUACGGCAAUCACGGAAAUAUUCAAUCGAACGACAGCAAUCCCAGUUGUGACUGUGGCGAACCCUCGACACAGCGCACAACGCAGAAACCGGGGCCGAAUUUGGGACGGAAAUUUUACGUUUGCGCCAAACCACAGGCGACCAAGUGUUCGUACUUCUUGUGGAGUGAUACAGACGGUGGCGGUAUGAAUGGCAAUGUAGGGCACGGGGGUGGGAACUACGGCAGUAGCUCACACACCAACAAUACGUCUGGAAACUAUUCGCAAAACUCCAACCACAGCAACCGAGGAGCUCUGCUACAAAGCACCUUAGACAGUCACCCGCGGUGUGACUGUGGCAAUCCAGCGGCUGAGCGGACAGUGUCUAAAGAAGGUGCUAAUGUUGGCAAGAAGUUUUUCGGGUGUGGGAAAGGGGAAGGGGCCAGGUGCGAUUUCUUCGAGUGGAAAGUCAAGGAGAAUCACAGCCACAACGGGAGCGGCUCAAUGUACCACUCGAGCCAUGGAGGUGGUCAGCACACCGGCAACGGGAUGUACGGCAAUACGUAUGCUAACGAUAACAGCAAUAUGCAAGGUAACUACAAUACGGCUGCUUCAUCUACCGCCCCUGAAUGCAAAUGCUUCGUGAGUACCGCGGAGCGAACUGUCCAGAAAGAAGGCCCAAAUAAAGGGAAGAGGUUCUGGACAUGCCCUUUUGGACCGAGUAGAGGAUGCGGCUUCUUCGAAUGGGUUAAUCCCGAGGCCGGGGCAGGAAUGGAUGGUGGCAGCAACGGCUAUGGCAAUAAUGGCGGUGGGGCGAGUUUGGUGUGCUUCAAUUGUAAUCAGCCCGGUCACUGGGCCACUAACUGUCCGCAAAAGAAAGGCACUUCGUCUUGGGGAGGGAGCACGCACAAGAGGAAGGUCGAUGCCAAUGAUAGAAGCAGCAGUGGGAAAAUCAAGCGCUGCUGUUCCAUUUGCAAACAACCGGGUCAUACCAUGCGUACAUGUGCGCGUCAAUAAAGCAUGCCCUUUGCAUCGCCGUCCAUACGAGCAUUAGUGCCAUCCCGCUGCCAGGGUUCAUUGCCAAGAGUACUCGAUAGUGAGAAUUCCACCAGCGCCAUCAUACGUAAAGACAAUUAGGAAUACAUUCUAGUCCACCCUAAAAAUUAACUGGAAAAAGAUUGGGUUUGGUCGCAAUUUAUGCGAGAUAUGAUGUCCUGAUUUUAUUUAAAUUGUGGUCUUGUGCUUUUGCGCCGGGUCUUCAUUCCAAACAGAUUUCCCGGUGGUGUCCGAUUUCCCCAUGUAGCAAUUCAGCGACCAUCAGUACAAUAUCAUAGCUCUUGUGUUUGCGCAAUCGCUAACCGACCAGCUGCAAGCACUGGUGAGGGAACUGAAUCGUCGGAAGAACCCGCUGACGUAAAUUACGGUUGGAAUGCAAAUGGGUACAGGUCUUUCCAUACAACGACAAAGACUUCAGUCUACACUACGCGGGAUACUAUUACGAGUUGACAUCGGAUGCAAUGCCGAGGUGGAUUGUUCCCACUCGUACAUAGCGACAUCUGGGAGAGUACAUAAGCAGGACUAUGCUAUGGGCCACCGGGUACUUGUUUAGGGCCUCUUCUACUGGUCGAUCCCACCAAUUGUUUGGCCCUCGGGAGGUUCUCGAUACGAAUAUUCGACAGGCCCCGUCAAUAGUCCAGUCGUGUUCUCAGCUUCUGGCUGGUCAAAUACGGCUGUAUGUGCCCUUGAACUAAAGACCAGAAAGAUCGGACCGGUCCUGAAUUCGUCUAUACUGGUGUAUUGGGUGUUUGCGCCAUCUCCGCGUGCUGAUGGAGGGGUCGAUACUGAGUGGAGGGUUGGUGCACUGGCGAAUUCUGAGUUAAGAGUGAGACAGGCACAUAGCACAAAACCAUGAAGCCAUCACGUGAUAGUAAUGAGGUUUAUUCUAUAGUAUGGUAGUAAGAGGGAGUGGUGGCGCAUCCCCCCAAUUGGCUGUAUCCAUUUUUUUCAUCCGGCCGCGGACUUUCGUUUGUCCGUUUGUCCGUUUGUCCCUUGGUCCUGAAAUCAUGGUCAGGCCAACUCAAAUAUAUCUCUUGAAGUGCCCUGGGCAAACGGGGCUACAACGCUCAUGUCAUGUAGAACCAUGCAUAUCUUUUCAUAUCUGGUUAUUGGCUAUUUGUGUCUGCAUAUAUACGUAUCUUGCUACGCUUGAGUCGUCCCGUGUUUGUAUUCCACGAGAACUAGUUAAAAACUUCCUGCAAAAGCAUAGUUCGCCUUUCCAACCAUUAUUAUUAUUUGGAUCAGAAAACAGAUCUUUAUCUGCGGCAGCACAC